AGCGAACAUCCUUUGGCGUGCGCGUUCCCGGGGUGUCACCUUGUUGGAGACAGGGGCAAGAUCAGCAGUGGAGAGGGGUAUCCAGGUUUGGGUUAGCUACAGUGUCCGGGGAUUAACAGCGUAACAAUGGCGGCCGCAGCAGACCCCCCCAAACCUAAGACCUCCCCCAAAUCCAUAAAGUUCCUCUUCGGGGGUCUGGCCGGGAUGGGAGCGACCGUGUUUGUGCAGCCUCUAGACCUGGUGAAGAACCGCAUGCAGCUGAGCGGGCAGGGCUCGAAGGCGCGCGAGUACAAGACCAGCCUGCACGCUGUGGCCAGCAUCCUGCGCAACGAGGGCAUCGGGGGCAUCUACACCGGUCUCUCUGCAGGGCUGCUGAGACAGGCCACCUACACCACCACUCGUUUGGGGAUCUACACUGUGCUGUUUGAGCGCAUGACCCAGGCGGACGGGACCCCGCCCAACUUCCUCAUGAAGGCUCUGAUAGGCAUGACUGCUGGGGCCACAGGGGCCUUCGUGGGGACCCCUGCCGAGGUGGCCCUCAUACGCAUGACCGCUGACGGCCGGUUACCCCCAGACCAGAGGAGGGGCUACAGUAACGUGUUCAACGCCCUGGUCAGGAUCACGCGUGAGGAGGGCCUCACCACACUGUGGAGGGGUUGUGUACCCACCAUGGCCAGGGCAGUAGUAGUGAAUGCCGCCCAGCUGGCCUCAUAUUCCCAGUCCAAACAGGCUCUUCUGGACUCAGGGUAUUUUGGUGAUGACAUCCUGUGCCAUUUCUGUGCCAGUAUGAUCAGUGGACUGGUCACCACUGCCGCGUCCAUGCCUGUGGACAUCGCCAAGACCAGGAUCCAGAACAUGAAGAUGAUCGACGGCAAACCAGAGUACAAGAACGGGCUGGACGUGCUGCUGAAGGUGAUCAGGAACGAGGGCUUCUUCAGCCUGUGGAAGGGCUUCACGCCGUACUACGCCCGGCUGGGCCCCCACACCGUGCUCACCUUCAUCUUCCUGGAGCAGAUGAACAAGUUCUACAAGAAGUACUUCCUGUCAUAGAGGAAGCUGUGGACACACACACACACACAUACACUCUCUCACACUCACCCCCCCCCCCCACACACACACACACACACACACACACACUCACACACACACACACACUCUCACACACACACACACACACACCCCCCACACACACACACACACACUCAAACACACUCACACACACACUCACCCCCACACACACACACACACACACACUCUCUCACACUCACACACACACUCACCCCCACAUACACACUCACACACUCACACACCCACACUCUCUCACACUCACCCCCACACACACACACACACACACACAAGCACAAUCCUGCCCCACAGUCACUAGCAGCCCUCAGUGUGAGGGGAGUAUGUCAGUCACCAUGGCAACACCUCCACACCCGAUGCCAUCUUAAAACCAGCCCCUCUCAUAUCUCCAUGGUGAUAUGCACCCAGCUGCAGCUCCACAUUAAAUUACCGAUUCUGGAUUCUAAGCACCUCUCUCACACAGACACACACAUGUACGCACACACUCACACACAUGCACGCACACACACGCACACACUCGCACACAUGCACGCACACACUCGCACGUACGCACACACACACACACACACACACUCACAUACUCCACAGACACACACACACACACACACACACACACACACACACCGGGCACUUCGUCUGCCUGAUCCAGGAUAAGUUGAUGGACAGAAAGCGCAAACAGAAUCCACUGUCAUUCAUGUCUGCAUUUACCGGGCAUGCUGGGAUACCUGUUGCCCUGCUCGUUAACAGUAACCAUUGUGUGACCAAAAAUGGACUUGCGGGCAGUGUAGGCUGACUUGCGGGCAGUGUAGGCUGACUGGUUGUAAUAAGGACUGCAACACCAGGUAUUAGCUGCCCUCAGGCUACGCCACACUCCUGGCUUCUCUGGCUUGGGGGGAG